AUGGGAGCUGCUUUUUCAGGAAAUAAAGGAGAUCCUGUAGAUCCUGAGGACCGAGACAAAGCCGCUGGCGAAGACAGGAGACCAGUAGAUGUAGCAGCACUGGAGCCGGUGGCAGUCAUUCAGAACUCACGCGAACGUGUCGUUCCUCCUGAUGAAGUAGCUUACCUUACACCAGUUCCGCCCAAUUAUUUGACUCGUGAACAACUCGUUGAUUUAUCGAUAAUGGCCGCUUCUCAACCCGAACCUGUUUAUUCUCCUCCCGUCGACAAAGUCGAUGCUUAUCCAUUAACUCCUGAACGAAAAACCGAUUCGGAAAAAGUUGUCGAAAAGCGAAAAGUGAAGAAACUCGGGCCAGGUGCUCAAAGAAAAAUAGUAGAGACGACCGAAAGGACCAAAGAAACGAUCAUAGACGACGGCCAAACGAAUGUUGUGGAGGAAAAAGAAGUGAGAAAGACGGUCGUCGUUACAACUGAAAAAUACGAGGAUCCGCAUCAGAAACAGCAAAGAGCAGAAGAAGUAGCAGUAGCAGAAAAAGAACAAACAGUAGUUCUAGCUGAUCUAAAACAACAUGAUAUCUGGCAGUCCGCCGACAUCAGACAACCACCAGAAGUUGGCAAAGAGCAAGUCAUUCUCAAUACCCUACCAGAGCAGGGUCUUAAAGUGGUGGCACAUAGGGAAGAAGUGGAACAAAAGAAGGAACAGAUUCCAGAAACAAUGGUACAGAAGAUGGAACAGCUUCCAGUCGAAAGGGACAUUUCCUCUCGUGGAGCAACUGAAGCGCUAGAAAGGCAGGAGAAGCUGGAACCGCUCCCAGUAGAGAAGGAGUCUUCUCGACGUGGAGCAGAUGAGGCGAGGGCACAUCGAAGAGUAAAAUCAAGCAAAAAGAAAAGACGUUCUACGACUAAGAGUGAUAAAGUUGUUACUAGGAAGCAUGAAGUGGCUAAGGAGGAAGAACCUCCCAUAGAAGUCAUUAGUCCAGCAAAAACUCCAGAAAAAAGAAAAGCUGAAACGCCUGUCACGACACCAACAGUUUCACCUCUACCACGGCAACAUCGUAUGGAAGGUGUGUUUGUGAAACGCCAACCCCCAGCCAUUAGCCCAGCAAUGGUACCUCCUAAUGCACUAAUCGAACAGCAAUUCGCAGCACAGAAAGCGGAACCUUCUACAGCAAAGGAAGCGAGGAAAGAGCCAGCUGCGGUCAAGAAGGAACCACCUCCGCAAGAGCUUUCACAGCAGAAAGUCAGUACUACGACUACAGAAAAGACUACAGAAAAGGUUGUUGUAAAGGCGCAUGAGAAAGGUGAAGUUGAAGCUCCAGCGAAGAAGAAGGAGCCCACGGUAGCUGCAAAGGAGGAAGAACCUCCUAUAGAAGUCAUCAGUCCAGCAAAGACGCCGGAAAAAAGAAAAGCUGAAACGCCUGUCACGACACCAACAGUUUCACCUCUACCACGGCAACAUCGUAUGGAAGGUGUGUUUGUGAAACGCCAACCCCCAGCCAUUAGCCCAGCAAUGGUACCUCCUAAUGCACUAAUCGAACAGCAAUUCGCAGCACAGAAAGAGAAACCUUCUGCAGCAAAGGAACAGGCACCAAAGGAAGAGGCACCGAAGAAAGAGGUAAAAGAACCCAGCCCCGGCCAAGAAAGAGGCACCUCCAGAAGUGCCGACGCCGCAAAAAGUCACAACUACAACUUCAGAUAG